AUGGACCCCGAUGUGAACGCGACAGCAAUCUACGGCGCAAUGGCGGUCUGGGAGGCCCAGACACCGCUGCGUUUUCUGCCGUGUCGAUCAAAUUCGACUGCGUGCUGCGACCCGUGCGGCGACUACGUCCACAUUCAAGGUGGCGCAGGCUGCUACGCGUCGCUCGGGUAUGUCGCAGGCGCGUGCGAAUUUGGCGGUCAAGCCCUCGUCCUCGGGCCCGCCUGCGCGAUCGGCAACAUCAUCCACGAGCUCGGCCACACGGUCGGCCUCGUCCACGAACACCAGCGCGCCGACCGCGACGACUAUGUCAAAAUCUACGUCGAAAACAUCGAUCCGCUUCAUGUCCCGGACUUUGCCAAGGGAUCGAUCCUCCUUCACGGCUCCAACGUCAGCAUCGUGUCCCUCUGGGCGGCAACCGACAACUACGACUACGACUCGAUCAUGCACUACGGUCUCCACGACUUUAGUAUCAACCAGCUGCAGACUCUGCUGCCGAUCACGCGUGUCGGUGACCGCGACACGGUUCGAGAAGACCUCUUUGCACGACUCGGUCAGCGGCAGCGGUUGAGCACUGGCGACGUCCAAGCCAUCACUGAGCUGUAUGGUGGCGAGGUCGCUCGAUGA